ACCACAAAUAUAUUAAAACAUACUCUCUACCCCUCUUCCAUUUGUCUCCAUUUUCACCUCUCAAACCUUCCAUCUAAUCAAAAUCUCUCAAACACCUCCAUUUCUGUUUCUCUUCUCUAAACUUUAGAGAAUAAAAACAUCAAUGGAGGAUGAAGAAGAAACAAAACAAAUAUUAAAAAUCCUCAAAGCACUAAAACAAGCUUCACAACAACUACAAACCAAUCCACAAGAAGCUGAUAAUACAACUGAAUCCGACUCAUCUUCUUCAUCUGCAAUCAAAGCAUUACUUGACCUCGACACAGAAUCCGACUCUCUACUCUCCUCAGACCCUAACCUCUCGAACCUCUCUCACCAUAUCUCCGAUCUCAAAAUCCUCAUUUCUUCGUUACAUAAAUCAAAAGUCAACCAUGGUAGGAUCAAAUCAUUUCUCACUCGUCGUGUUAAGAGUCAUGAAAUCACACGAGUUGCUGAGAUAAUCGAGUCGGAAAUCCAAGAUUGGAUUGACCGGGAAUCGAUCAUGAAUCUCACUUCUCAGCUCCAGCAAAUCCGUUCCAGAACGGACUUGCUGGAGUCUGCAGGUUCAAGUUCAUCGCAAUAUGAAGAAGAAAUGAAUCACACUUCUCAGCUCCAGCAAAUCCGUUCGACGAAUUUGCUGGAGUCGUCAGGAUCAAGUUCGUCAUCAUACGAGGAAGAGGAUAUUAUUGAGAAACUUAGUCUUUUCCACGACAGACUGAGUCAAGGCUUCAACAUAAACCUGCAAGACCUCUUAUUAAAAUCCAACAUAUUUUCCGAGCUUGAAUUCCUGCUCUGCAAUUGUAAUGUGUCACAAAGGGUGCGAGAAAAAGCAGGGUACGCUCUAAAGGAAGUUGUAUUAUUCAACAAAGACGUUUUCGUAGGACAAGUUUUGAUGGGUCAAACAAUAAAAUCUUUAGUUUCAGUGGAUUCAUUGUGUUCACUAGAAGUUCUAAUUUCGCUUAUAAGAGCAAUUAGAAGUCCCCUUGUUGAUGUAAUCGAAUCCGUUGGUGGGAUUUCGAAGGUGAUUUCUUAUUUAAAUUCAGAUGAUUUGGCGCUAAAGGUAAUGGCGAUGGAUUGCAUUCUUGAAAUCGCGUAUUUUGGGAGGAAAGAAGCUAUAGAAUCAAUGUUGAAUUGUGAGUUGAUAAAGAAGUUAGUGCAAUUACAAAGGAGUGAAUUGGGUGGUGAUUUGAUUGAUUUGGGAAAAGCACAACUGAAAGAAGCCGAAGUCGAAGAGGAAGACAAAGGGAACAACAAGAUGAAGAAAAAGAAAAGAGGGUAUGGAGAAAAGAGAUAUUUGGAGAGACAUCCAUUUGCAAGUUGUGUAGCAAGAUUUGGAGUGCAAUUGGAAGUAGGAGAAGGAUUAAGGCAAAGAGAGAAAAGGGGAUUUAAACAAGAAAUAUUGAAAAAGAUUAGAGAGGCUUGUGAUACUGAUGCUGAAGCUGCUACUAUUGUUGCUGAGGUUUUGUGGGGUUCUUCACCUUGAAAUUGUUACUACUAAACGGUCGUCCGGCGCACUAAAGCUUUCGUUAUGUACUGGAUUCGAAAAAAGGCCGAAAUAUAAGAGUCUAUUGUACAUAGCAUUUAUCUUGCGUUUCCAUCAGAAGGUUGUUUGGACGAUGAAAUUGUUACUACUAUUCAACAAAAUACCAAAUUGGAAAAUGAAUGAACAGUAAUGUAGGAAUGUUUAAUUGCUGUGGUUUAUUUUAUUUAUUAUUUGAUAAUUUUUUUUUGUAAUUGAUUUUAGAUUGGAUAAAUUGAUGGUCUUUUAGACUUGUUAGCAAA